AGGUAACCCGCAAGAAGAUCAAGGUCAGAGUGUUCCAACUGCGAAUCAACGAGUUUUUAUGGUCACAAAAUGAGUACACAACUUGAAGACGAAACCUGCAACAAUUUUGUAAAGAACCCUCACCUUUUAAGCAUAAAAGACGAUGUUCUAUUUCACAUUGGGAUACACGGUGCUAGCAGCGAGAGUUACCUUGAAGAGAAGUUUGGCGAUGUUAAGUUUGUUUGCAUGGGUGGCAGCACAACCAGGAUGAAACAGUUUGCCAAGUUUCUACAAAAUGAAUUAAGUCCCUUCCUACAUUGUGAUUACCAGAAAGAUCCAGAAAACCUGUCCAAUUCUGACCGAUAUGUUGUUUACAAAGUAGGACCAGUGCUUGCUGUCAAUCAUGGUAUUGGAAACCCUUCACUGAUGGUCAUACUCCAUGAAACACUCAAGCUACUCGACCAUGCCAAAGCUACAAAUGUGUCAUUCUUCAGAAUUGGUACAUCUGGUGGAUUAGGUUUGGAGAAAGGAACUGUGGUUUUAACCAAGUCAUCAAUGAAUGCUUUAUUGGAGCCUUAUCAUGAACAGGUCAUUCUUGGCAAGGUGAGGAAGUUUCCAGCUACACUUGAUGAAGGUCUUAGAAAGAAACUCAUGGAUUGCAGCAGGGACCUUGAUAUUCCGAUAGUAGAGGCCCAUACAAUGUGCACAAAUGAUUUUUAUGAAGGUCAAGGAAGAUUAGAUGGAGCCUUCUGUGACUACACAUUGGAAGACAAACUUAGCUUUUUAAACAAGAUCCACCAAGCAGGAGUAUGUAAUAUUGAGAUGGAAAGUGUAUCUUUUGCUGCUAUGUGUAAGCGGGCUGGUGUGCCUGCUGCAGUGCUGUGUGUGACACUAUUGGACAGGCUCAAAGGAGAUCAAGUUGAUCUGACUGCUGAACAACAUGAAGAGUUUCAAUCUAGGCCUCAAAAGAUUGUAGCAGCUUACUUUAAACAUGUCCUUGGGGAAAAAGCUGAAAAAAAUUAUAUUGCACGGCACGGGAAUAAAAGAGCAAAAGCCAUGUAAGGAAUGGGAAUUCUAGGUGCUUUUUGUAAAYUAUCAAUUUGAAAACUAGUAGUAUGUAAGUGCUGUCAAAUGACAUGGUAUUAUGGUAUAACACACAAAUAGAGUGGUUUUCAUAAACUUGUGAAACAAAGUGUAAUAAUUAGAGUGUAAUAGAUGAAACAGUCGAAUAGAGACAAUAAAAAACAAAAGAGCCAAAUGUAAUAGCGAUAAAUAUGCCAAAAUGUGUUUCACGGGUUGAUGAAAACCACUCUAUUGUGUUAUAUGUAGUGUGUAAUCCAAAGUUUUUUUUAACUCUUCAGUUCAGUAAUAACAAUUUUUGUCUUUGUUUAGGACAUAAUACAGGGUCCGUGCAGAGUAUCAAAAACGAAUUUCAKGGACCAAAAUUGUAUUUUUUAAAGGAACAUCAUGAUCAAGGAUUUUUUCAAGGAUUUAAUGACCUUCACGGACCCUGAUAAUAAGUGAAGGUGUAAUUGACAGCUUCAAAAAUUGUAGUCGAAUGGAUAAAUUGUUUUUUUGCACAAUAAUAUUGUUGUUAGUUUAAGUUAAUAUAUCUCUUCAUGGAGGAAUAAUAUCUGAUGUUUUACACAGCUGUAUUUUAUUUAUUCAAAGCCACUUGCAUUAGCUGUACAAAGAUGUAAUUAAAUUACACUUUUAAAAAAUGUAAAAAAUACUGUAAAUGAAAUCUGUUUAUACUUGACAUUAAUCAAUUUAGAAACAUAGGAAUACACUAAACGAGAAGGAUGGCAAAUCAAACACUUUCCAGUGAGUGUAAAUGUUUUAAAAGGUAUUUAAAAUAAAACAUUUAGAAAUGGUA